UAUAGUAUAUAGUAUAUAGUAUAUACAUAAACAUAAAAUAAAAAGGAAUGAAAAUUUGAAAGAAUUCACCACCCUUUUUGCUCUGUUUAUAUUUUUAAUUUUUCUGCUGCUCUCAGCUGCUGUAAUUGGAAAAGAGGGAGAGAGAGAGACCCAAAAGAGACUAUGCUUGGGGACUCAGCUGUGUUGGGAGCGGGAGGAGGAGGUGGCGAAGCAGUGGCGGGGGCGGUGGGGAGUGGAGCGCAUGAGGCGGGCAGCGGAGGCGGUGGCGGUGGCGGUGGCGGUGGCGGAGCUGGAUCAAAUUCAGGGGACGAGGAAAGAGGUAGAAUCGAAGAAGGUGAACGCAGCUUCGGUGGAAACCGGUGGCCACGACAAGAGACUUUGGCCUUGUUAAGGAUACGGUCGGAUAUGGAUGUCGCGUUUCGAGAUGCAAGUGUUAAGGGUCCCUUGUGGGAAGAAGUAUCCAGGAAAAUGGCAGAGCUGGGGUAUCACAGAAGUUCUAAGAAGUGCAAAGAGAAAUUCGAGAACGUGUACAAGUACCACAAGAGAACCAAAGAAGGUCGAAGUGGGAAACAAGAUGGUAAAACAUAUCGUUUCUUUGAUCAAUUAGAAGCCCUUGAGAACCACACUCCAACACCCCAUUCCCCCAACCCAUCACCAAAGCCACCCCAAGUAUCAUCAAGAGUAGCAAUAGCACCAACGGCAACAGCAUCAGUGUCACUACCAAUUGCAGCAGCGACAACAACAGUGGCAAUGCAGCCAGUAGUACUGUCCAACACGGCACUCACUAGUGUCCCCAACAUCACUGUUCCAUCAACAACACCACUCCCUAUAAGUAUAACCAUUCCUCAACCCAUUGUCAACACCCCACCAACAAACCUCACCAUCCCUUCAUACCCUCCAACAAACCCUACCAAUUUCCCACCACCAAACCCUACCUCUUACCCCACCGACACCUUCUCCAACUCUACCUCCUCCUCCACCUCCUCCGACGAAACACUCGAAGGGAGGCGCAAGAGGAAGCGCAAGUGGAAGGACUUCUUCGAGAGACUAAUGAAGGAAGUGAUCGAGAAGCAAGAGGACCUGCAGAAGCGCUUCUUGGAAGCCAUAGAGAAACGCGAGCACGACAGAAUCGCAAGAGAAGAAGCAUGGAGAGUACAAGAGAUGCAAAGAAUCAACCGAGAAAGAGAAAUCCUCGCACAAGAAAGAUCCAUAGCCGCAGCCAAAGACGCUGCCGUUAUGUCAUUCCUUCAGAAAAUAGCCGAACAACAAAACCUCGGUCAAACGUUGAGCAACAUCAACAUUGUACAACCACAACCACAACCAUCACAACAACAACAACAACCUCAACCUAGUGUAGCACCGGCACCAGUGAAUGUUACACAGCCCGUGGUGCUACCGGUGGUUCCACAAUCGCAACCACAACAACAAGUGAUGACGAAUAUGGAGAUAGUGAAAGUUGAUAGGAACAAUAAUGGGGAGAAUUCGGUGGCAUCGAGUUCUUCGAGAUGGCCAAAACUAGAGGUUCAGGCGUUGAUAAAGCUUCGAACGAACAUGGAUGCCAAGUAUCAAGAGAAUGGACCAAAGGGUCCUCUCUGGGAGGAGAUCUCAGCCUCCAUGAGGAAGCUCGGGUACAACCGAAACGCGAAGAGGUGCAAAGAGAAAUGGGAGAACAUCAACAAAUACUUCAAGAAAGUGAAAGAGAGCAACAAGAGGAGACCGGAAGAUUCCAAAACGUGCCCUUACUUCCACCAGCUGGACGCGCUGUACAGGGAGAAGAGCAAGGCGGAGAGCGCGGCGGAGAAGGCGGAGAGCGCGGUGGCGCCGCUAAUGGUGCGGCCGGAGCAGCAGUGGCCACCUCAGCAGGAUAGGGACGUGGCAAUGGAGGACGCGGAGAACGACGAUGAUGAGUACGAAGGAGAAGAGGAGGAAGAUGAUGAAGAGGACGAAGAAGGUGGUGGUGGUGGCAAGUAUGAGAUAGUGGCGAACAAAGCAAGUGGUGGUUCAGGUGAGUAGUGUGGCCGAAGAGAAGGUGGGUCAGAGUGAGUGCAGGGGUUGUCGGAGAAGGUGGUGGCCAUUGUGGAGGAGAAAGAAUUUGAAUAUUCACCAUACGGCGAAGUUACACAUGGCAUGGGUAUCGAUGAUCGAGCUUCAUUGGAUGCUACUUUGUUGUAGCAUAUAGUCAGUAAGAUUAUAUGUUUUUUUUCCUUGUUUCAUCAAAUUUGUUUAUUUUUUUUGGAUCAUAAUAAUAAUAAUAUUAAUAAUAAAUAAGGAGAGAAAUUUAAGAUAGAGAAUCAAUAAAGAAGAGAGGCACAACACCACAAAAAAAAAUAAAGAAGAGAGGAACCUUAAUUAAGGUUGUAAUUUUUUCUUUUCUUCUCUUCCUUUGUCUUUGUUAUUACGUUCCUGCUGCUGUAAAUGGGAGGAGAUUAAUUCGAGCUUUUGUCCUUUUCUUUGUGCUUUCA